AUGGAAGAAGUUUCAACUUUCGAAAUGUUACCAGAUGAAAUGAUAUUAUUCAUAUGUCAAUAUCUUCGUGGUGCCGAAAUUCUUUAUUCAUUUUUUAAUCUAAAUUCUCGUCUAAAUUCGGCAAUAACUGAUUAUUGUCAUUAUGUCAAUCUCAAGUAUGUUACAUAUAAACAGUUUGACUUUGUUGCAACACAGAUUAUUCCUCAAAUUGGUCUAUCAGUACGAUCAUUUGUGUUCAAUGGACAAUGGGAAAAUAUUAUGUCCAACAAAUUAAAUUCAACAUUCUUUCAUUUGAAAUUAUCUUUAAUAUUUCCACAAUUAUAUACAUUAUCACUUGUAAAUUUCAUCGAUAGACAACUAAAUUUAUUUCUUGACAAUAUCACUGAUCUUUUAAAACUUGUCAAACUUGAUAUUCGAAAUCUUCUAGAUAAUUAUGCAGAAGAUUCACUGGAAAAAGUUCUAGCUGCUAACAAUAAUCGACUGAAAUAUAUAUCAUUCGAUUCUGAUUCAAUCGAUUUUAAUCUAACUGCAACUAGAAAUGACGAAACUAUUUCUUAUCCGAACAUUGAAGAGUUGAUAGUAAACUUAAAGACAAAUAAAACACUAGAAUAUCUUUUCAUACUUGUACCACAUAUUAAGCGCUUACAUAUUGACUUUGAUCAAUUAUCAUCUGUUUCAAAAUCGACAUUAGCAAAUGUAUCAUCUCUUAUUCAUCUAAAAGAUUUUCAAUUACGUUCAAUAAACAUAUAUUGGUCAUUAAAAGAAAUUGCUUAUAUUCUGAGUAAGAUGCCAUCUUUACAACGAUUGGCAUUAAAUGUACGUACAGAAGAUGCACAAUCACAUAGUGAAGUAGAUACUUUACUGUCUACAUGGCCAAUUCAUAUUCGAAUAACAUGUUUGUUAGAUAAAUCAAAUAAAUAUGCAGUAAUUCAUACAAUUCCGUAUGAUCUAUUUUCAAUUAUCAUUCCAGCAACAAUAGCUAAUUACAUGUUGGCUGGUUCAGAAUACACACGAAAAGUUAAAGAAUUAAAAAUUUUUGGUGAACAAUGUUCAACUGAUAUACAUUUGAUUGUGCAACACUUUCAUCGACUUCGAACGCUGGCCAUUGGUUCAGAAAAGAAUUCGAAAGAACUUACAUCUCAAUCAACUCAAUCGAUCGUCUUACAUUUACCUAAAUUGAAACGUCUCUACGUAAAGGGAAUAUAUGAAAUAUUUCAUCUUGUUCAAGCUGCUCCUAAUCUCGAGCAUCUGCAAAUCGAUUUCAAUUGUUUAAAUAUUGUACUCAACGAUGUAUAUACAUGUGAAUUAUUGCAGAAACGAAUUGUACAUCUUGAAAUUACCAAUUUUCGAGAAGUUGAUUCAAUACAAUUAGAUACUAUUGCACAAAAGUUUAAUCAUCUUCGUGACUUGAGUCUAGUCUUCGAAAAUUCAACAGUUUUCGUCGAUUCACUUAUUCUACAAGUGCUUUCAUUGUGGAAAGAUAAAAAACUUCGUGGUCUUUACAUCAGAGGUUCAUUAACAGAUGAAGUUGAUAAAAAUCUUCGUCAAUGGCUUAUCGAUCAUAGUCAUUUAUCCCAAGAAGAUUUAUUCGUUGUUAAACACAUGACGAAUUGGAUUGCAAUGUGGCUUCAAUGA